UCCUGGCCUCUUUGUUUUGCAGAUGAGGGCAGGAGUGCAGUUGACCUGGCAGGAGGGGCUCAGAUAGUAGCUGAACACAUUAAAUCCCUCUACCAAAAUACUGAGCCGGAAAAUGAGAAGCUCUUGACUGUCUUUUGUGGCAUGCUGAUGAACUAUAGCAAUGAUAAUGAUUCCUUACAAGCUCAGCUGAUCAAUAUGGGUGUGAUUCCCACUCUGGUGAAGCUGCUAGGCAUCCACUCCCACAACGUAGCCCUGACAGAAAUGUGUCUAAUUGCCUUUGGGAAUUUGGCAGAGCUUGAGUCCAGCAAAGAACAGUUUGCCUCCACCAAUAUCGCUGAGGAGCUGGUGCGUCUGUUCCAGAAGCAGACAGAACACGAGAAGAAGGAAAUGAUUUUUGAAGUUCUGGCUCCACUUGCAGAAAACGGUAAUGGGAUUUUUCUUUGA